AGGGAGGAGGUCAUGCAGGGCAUUCAUUGCAUACGCAUAGGACAAACAAAUAUUACUCCACUAAAGAUGUACUAUAAGAUUGCAUGUCUGCCAAAUGAUUGCUGCAGCAAAUUAGAGGAUCAGUAAAAGGCUAGAGUGACCAGUACCAAAUGAGAUGAGAUUUGAGUGGGAUUCUUUACUCUGGAGACACAUAGUGCUCUUAAUAUUGACACCCACAUGCCUUACAUCUCGUUAUCAAGAUGCAGUCCCAAGAUUGUUUUCACUGGAAGUUGUAUCUUCAACAGAGGGCAUGAUGCUCAAAAAAAUUUGUUCUCUUGGAGAUUGUUCUUCUUAUACUACACCCAGUUAUGUUUAUCAAGAUUUGCAGGCAUCCAUAAUUUAUCCACAUGGAAACCAAGACCACACCAGUCAAAAGGAAAGGUGGGAACCAGGAAAAAAUGAUGGAAUAGUCAUACAAGUGAUGAAUGAAGUAACUCUGGUGAAUCUCAUUACAAAAACAUUUAAUACUUGGCAUCCAUUUACCUAUGCCAAGUACUUAGUAUGGUGGUUGGAACAAGUUCAACCAGGGCGUGUUGUAACCAUGGCCAUUCACAGGUCAGGCACUGCUGGCCUUGGUCCAGCUAUACCAUUUUUUAUUAGUCUUGGCUCAGUUUUAAUACCCUAUGCACCUCCUAAUGCACUUUGGAUAUGGGUGUUCAUCAAAGGUGGAAAAACUUUACUUGAAAGUGUUUCAUUUAAUUCAAAGUCUUUUCAGCAGGCAAAUCUUUCAGCCCAUAUAUAUUUACAUAGUCUCCAGGCACCCUGGUAUAGCCCUGAAAAUUUAAAAAGUUCUGUUCAUUCAUAUAUAUGUAGUACACAUGCAGCAAUAAGAUAUGUAUGUGAUGAUGAAUAUCUUAGGGGAAUUUUGGCUAAAAGAAAUUUAAACAUUAAUACCCACAAGACUGGGAUAUUACUAUGUGCUGGAGGAAAUAUCCAACAUCUAGUAUACACGCUUCACCAUUUAUUCAGCAAUCCUGAAAUAACAAAGUCAAUGGUCUUAGUAACUGUUGGCACAGAUUACCUCACAGGAAAACCCAAUUCAUCUAUUCUGUCACUCUUAGAUAUCUUAAAGAUAACAUAUAAAAUUAUCCAUGUUCCACGUGGUGCACCUUCCAUUAAUCAUCACCUAUUUAGUUAUUAUCAAAAAUCAUGGGAAACAGCAGUUGCCACCUUUCCUGAAGCUAAAUAUCUUGCAUUUCUUGAUGAAGAUGUAGAGGUGUCAAACGACUGGUUUGCCUUGCUUAUGGAUGUUGCUCCUGCUCUAGAAAAAGAUUCUUCUUUGUGGUGCGUCUCUGGAACAACUGUUUCUCAUCGUUUUAUUUACGGUGAUCCACAAACAUUGUUGCGUGCUUCACGACAACCAGGCUGGGGCUUUCUCUUCCAAAUGAGUAGUGUAAAAGAAGCUGUUUCAUUAUGGCCAAAAUACUCUAAUGUAUCUGUUCUUUAUGACAACUUUUUAUUUCAAGUGUUAGCCAAAGGUCGUGAGUGCAUUUACCCUACUCUCAGUAGGGCACGUCAUUAUGGUGUUGGUGUUAACACUGUUCCACAGAUCCACCAGUUAUAUUUUUUGGAUUUGCCCUUGUAUAAUGGUAAGCAUAUCAGACUUCCACCUAUUGAUACUCUCACUUGGGAUUCCUAUGAGAAGAGAGUGACGCAACAGUUGCAAAAAGCUGUACCCCUUACAAGGGAACCAUGCGCCCCAGGAUUUUUAAUGCCUUCUGAUUUUGAAUUUGCAACAGAUUAUGUUUUUUAUUUCUACAUGGAUAGCUUAAGUGAAGCACCUGAAUGGACAAUUUUGGCUGAAUGUGUUGGUGCCUGGCCUUAUUCAACACAAGGGAUGCAUAGGGGGAGUGUUGAACUUCCACAGCAUGGUGGAGGAUCAUUAUGGCUUGUGGGAGUUCCCUUCUCUCCAUAUAGUUCAUUGAAACCAUCUCAUGUGCCUGUAUGGAGACCUGAGGUUAAUGAGGCCUAUUUAACCAAACAGAUGAUGUUUAUAUCUUCCCUGUAUUUGCAAACAAAUUCAGGUAACAGAACUAUAGAAAAGGCUGAAAUGGACAUAUUCCAAAAACAUAGUUAAAAAUUUUAUGUUUGGCACCCAUGGUUAACCCUUUAACGCCGAUUGGACAUAUUAAACGUCGAUAAAAAUUGGCUGUCGGGUGCCGAUUGGAAGUAUGGUACAUCGAUAUAAAGAUGCAAUUGUAAGCUAAAACUCUUAAAUUCUAGUAAUAUUCAAUCAUUUACCUUUAUUUUGCAACAAAUUGGAAGUCUCUAGCACAAUAUUUCGAUUUAUGGUGAAUUUAUGAAAAAAAAAAAAACAUUUUCCUUACAUCCGCGCAGUAACUCUUCCGAAAAAAAACAGAAAUUUUUUCGUCCGAUUGUUGUAAUGUUUGCACCAUUUUAAAUUAGCCGUUACAUAAAGUUUUAUAUAUGAAAAUGUGCGCAAUUUUAUGUAAAAUACAACAAAAAAC